UUGUUAGUAAGAUCUGUCUAUUCCAGAUGCCCCACAACAUCUCAGAGCAGCAGCGUGGCAGCCCCCACUGUCCAGAGCCCCGGGCCCUACAGGAGGACAGUAACAACACACCUCCGCCUGAACCAACACAGAACAACGCCUCGUUCCCCAGCUUUGUGGAGGUCCCAGGUCCGUGUGAGCCCGAGGACCUGAUUGAUGGCAUCAUCUUUGCUGCUAACUACCUGGGUUCCACCCAGCUGCUGUCUAACAAGAACCCAUCUAAAGGAACACGCAUGUCCCAGGCGCAGGAGGCUGUGAGCCAG